AUGAGCACGGAGAGCGACAAGUGGCAGCCGUGGCGGCUACAGCAGCUGCUGCCCUGCAGAGCCAUGGGCGACUCCGAUGACGAGGAGGAGGAGGUGGAGGAGCAGCAGCAGGCGCAGCAGCAGCAGCAGCAGCAGGCAGCCACGUCAGCGCGGGCGGAGGAGGAGCGGGAGGCGGAGGCGAGCAUGGCGGCAGCCUCCAGCACCACCGCCGAGGCGGCGCAGCGCAGCACGCAGGCUUCGCGCGGCGUGUCGCAGCAACGGCAGGCCCUGGCUGCGCCCACAGCAGCAGCAGCAGAGCCGGAUAUGGGCCAGGCGUGGCGCAUGGGCCUGGGCGGCGUGGUGGCGCUGGCAGCCUUUGCCGGCCUCGGCUUCCUGGGCCACCGCCUCUUCAAGAGCAAGGCGGUGACCGAGGCGGUGGCGGGCGUGCAGCAGGCAGGUGGCGCCUCCAUCCAGAGCCGCGGGCUGGCCAAGGAGGCGCAGCAGCGGCUGAACGAGUUCAUGGAUGUGCUGCGCAACAUGGCCACCGCCGACCUGUCGGCCAAGAACCUGGGGGACGAGGGGUUUGCCUACGUGGUGGACGCGCUGUCGUUCAACGACAGGUGUGUGGCCGCCGACUUCUCCAAGAACGGCAUCGGCCCCCAGGGCUGCGCCCAGCUGUGCCAGGUGCUGACCAGCAACAGCGGGCUCAAGACGCUGCUGCUGGACACAAACACGCUUGGGGAUGAGGGGGCGGCCAUGCUGGCCACGGCGCUGGCCGGCGGCAGCCGCCUCACCAGCCUGAACCUGUCUGGCAACAACAUCGGGGAUGCGGGCGCCAAGGCGCUGGCCGAGAUGCUCAAGACCAACACCACGCUGGAGGUGCUGGAGCUGAACGGCAACGUGAUUGACUAUGAGGGGGUGGGCGCGCUGGCAGAGGCGCUCGCGCAAAACACCUCACUCAAGACGCUCGGCCUCAGCGACAACUACAUCCAGACGCCCGGCGCCGCGCUGCUGGCGGCUGCGCUCAAGGAGAACAACACGCUGCAGGAGCUGUACAUCAAGGGCAACGAGCUGGGCGACGAGGGCAUCAAGUCGGUGUGCGAGGCGCUGAAGCAGCACAAGGAGCUCAAGGCGGUCGACUUUGGCAACAACAGCAUGGGCAAGGAGGGGGCGUUUGCGCUGGCAGAGCUGCUGCGCGGCUGCACCACCAUCACCGACGUCAACAUCAACAUGAACGACGUGGGCAACGACGGCGCGUUCCAGAUUGCGGCGGCCAUCAAGGACAACCGCUCGCUCAAGCUGCUGGAUGUGGGCGGCAACAACAUCGGCGAGGACGGCGCCAAGGCGCUGGCGGCCGCGCUCAAGGGCAACGAGGAGCUGCGCAGCCUGGAGCUGAGCUACAACCCGAUGGGGCCGGAGGGGGCGCAGGCCUUUGCCGACAUCAUCAAGUACGACAUGAAGCUGGAGGUGCUGGGCAUGGGCUGGUGCAAGGUGGGCAGCGGGGAUGGUGUCAAGGCCGUGGCCGACAUGCUGAUGUACAACAACACAAUCCGCCGCCUGGACCUGCGCGGCAACGGACUGGGCAACGACGGCGCCAUCUGGUUCUCCCGAGGCUUCAAGGAGCACACCAACGACGCGCUGCGCGAGCUGGAGCUGGGGUACAACGAGAUCAAGGAUGAGGGGGCCUGUGCCCUGGCGCAGGCGCUCAAGGCCAACCCUGAGGGCGCCCCCAAGGAGUUCAAGAUCAAUGCCAACUACAUCACCAAGUUUGGGCAGGUGGCUCUGACCGAGGCGCUGGACAUGGUAUAUGACAUGGCCAAGAAGGAGAUCACAAUCACCUUCUGA